CUGGAAAUAUUAUAUAUAUUUUUUAUUAUGAAUAAUUCCCAAUUCCUGCCCUCUGAACUUGACUCCCUUGUUCUCUCAAAAAUGAAUAAUGCGGCAUGUAGCUGGGAAUUAGAAGAGACGCCACAAACCCCCCACUAUGACCACCUUCUUCCACCUCAAAUCCAAUCUGUUUAUACUAAUAAUACUACCACUCACUCCCCAAACGCUUCCUCAAAUUAUCACAUAAAUAUGCCUUCUUCUCACUCCUACCCUCCUUCCGAGGAUCCAACUAAUGAAAGUGGAAAUGGGGGCGACCGCAAGAGCAGAUGCUACAAGCGCGCAAAAGCAGGAGGAGGAUCAGGCUGCAAGAAGCUCAAACCCCAACACCAUCACCAUCAUCCCCCUGCUGACGACCAUCACCAUGGCUACAUCCACGUGAGAGCAAGGAGGGGCCAGGCCACAGACAGUCACAGCCUUGCAGAGAGGCUCAGAAGACAGAAAAUCAGCCAAAGGAUGAAGGUUUUGCAAACGCUUGUUCCAGGCUGCCACAAGGUAACUGGGAAGGCCCUAAUGCUCGACGAAAUUAUUAACUAUGUUCAGUCCCUCCAAAAUCAAGUUGAGUUCCUGUCCAUGAAGCUUGCUUCUGUAAACCCCAUUCAAUACGACUUUGGAACGGAUUGUCCACAAGUCUUCAUCGGUAGACCAGCCUCUGAGAUAUUGAAUGCGAAUGGCAUCGCGUCACGGUCAGAUCAGCAGGCAGAAUUGGCAUAUAAUAUAGCACCAUACAACACAUUUCAGGCCACAGGAGGCGGCGGCGAUGGCAGCUCGAUCUUGACGCCCGGAAACAUCAGCUUUAUCAAUACAUCUCCGCUUUUCUUGGACCAUGGGAAUACUUCUCUGCUACAUCUGUCAUGAUCUCCUAAUUUACACACAAAACAGAAAGAGAAACAGUUCAUAAUUAAAUUUGAGUUGGAGAGAUCAGUGGAUGGUUCUAUUAACUACUGAACUCUCUUCUAUAUAUUCAUACUCGAUAUGUCCCAUUAAUUAAUUAUUGUGAAUAUGUGUAAGUCCUAUCACUCCGUGAGUCAGUGGGUACAACUCUGCAAUAGUAAGCCAACUUUUGUGGAGUUAGGGAAAAGUAUUGUUGUGGGACCAGUCUUUGUUUGGAUUCAAUCAUAUGAGUCGCUUUAGCAACAAUUUCUUCUCUUAAAUUGGCUAGUCACGUCUUGUCGAUAACUAAUAGAAAAUUAAGGAUCCAUAUAGUAUAUGCAAUAUCUGGAUUAUGAAUUAAUCUCACAAGCACAUGUAUUGUG